CAGCUGGCUCGCUCAAGGUUCUGAUUGGACUGGAGGGAGGCGCGGUGGGCUGGGCAAGCCCGUGCAUCCUUGUCUCCACUUGGCAGCCGAGCGACCACAGGCAGACAAUAGCGCAGCAGCUACCGCGGCAACAAACAGUGACCAGCGCUCUAAAACAGCCGCAAGGUGAAUUUGUAAUGUGCGUGUCCGUCUGUGCGUGCAUACAUUGUCAACGAUAACGCAUCUGCAGAAUUAGGGGACAUUUAGGUCGUAACCGAUGACAUCUCUCUCACAUCUCAACUCCGAUCAGAAUUGAAGUUCAUGCCGAAUGGAAUGACAACUCGGCUUGUAUGCAGCGCAUUCUGAAAGUGACAUCAUCAGUCUCCAGAUCACCCCGCCUCCUCCUCAAGCGCUCCAAGCCCCUCCCCUUUGCAAGAUGAGCUCCUCCUCCUCGGCCCAUGUGACACGCAGUGACGGCAGCUCAGUGGACAUCCUGGAGGAGCUGCAGCUGAUCGCUGCUCAGAACCUGGAGAGGUUAGAGGUCAACAAGUACUAUGAGGUCAUCAGGGAGCUGGGCAAGGGAACCUACGGGAAGGUCGACCUGGUCGUACACAAACUCAGAGGGACCAAGAUGGCACUGAAGUUCCUGAGGAAGAAGAGCACCAAGUUGAGGAGCUUCCUGAGGGAGUACAGCAUCUCCCUCUACCUGUCCCCCUGCCCCUUUGUCAUCAACAUGUACGGGAUCGCCUUCGAGACCGACGAAUACUACAUCUUUGCUCAGGAGUUUGCUCUGGCGGGGGACCUGUUCGACAUCAUCCCACCUCAGGAGGAACACAUGGUCACUGUUUGGGCUCUGUGA